GUUAUCGGGCGCGUUUUUCCUGAUCCAACCGAGAGCGUGCACCGAUGGCGCGGCAGAUACCCCGGCGCGGCGGGCGGCACAGCGCAGAGGACGGACGACGGCCGGCCGGCCGGUGAAAGGAGCGCGAACGGGUUAUCCCGCCCGGGCGCUGCAGUUGAGCCCGCCCCGCCUCACAGCUCCAUAUAAGAGCCGGGCCAGACUCAGUGGCAUCACUUCGGACCGACACAUCCCAGUGACCACCACCUCCAUCAUGAAGCUGAUCGUACUGAGCUGCGUGCUGGCCUGCGCGGUGGCGCUGCCGCAGCAGCUGCUGUCGCCCAAGGAGCUGCGGGACAUUGACCGGGCCGCGGUCAUCACCUCCUUCACCAACGAGAACCUGGCCGACGGCAGCAACGAGAACGCGUUCACGGCCGAUAACGGUCUGGAGCGUCGUGAGCGGAUCGUGCUGAAACAGGUGGAGAUCAUCAACAGUGACGGACAGACCGAGUACCGCACCGUGCCCACCUACCAGGGAUCCUUCAAGUACCAGCAGGAGGAUGGACAGGUGAUCGAGAGGACCUACGUCACCGACGAAUACGGCACCCUGCAGAUCGACGGACCCGACCUGCCGCUGCCCGUACCCGACCCGCACCCCCAGUAAAUAUCGACCCGACGACGGCCGGCGCGCAGUACUCGGCACCCCGCUGACUGAGAGAUCAGCGGUCAGAGAAGACAUCAGGAGCCGCCACGAGGCCGCAGUCCCUUCCACCCAUCUCACUCGUGCAUACGUGUUUGUCGACGCUAAUACAUGAAUGACAUCAUCGCGUAUAAA